AUGCUGCUGCAGCCCACACCCUGCGCCCCCAGCGCGGGCUUCCCGCAGCCCCCGGCCGCCCCUGGCGCCGGCGCCGUGCACUGCUCGCAGAAGGACAUCACGUUUGCCAAGAUCUUCGUGGGCAGCCUGACGUACCACAUCACUGACCCCUCGCUCAGGAAGUACUUCGAGGGCUUCAGCGACAUCGAGGAGGCCGUAGUCGUCACCGACCACCAGACGGGCAAGUCCCACGGCUACUGUUCCGUGACCAUGGCUGCCAGGACGGCAGCUGAGAGGACUUGCAAAGACCCAAACCCCAUCAUCAACGGCCGCUAG